AUGUCAUACAACAUUUCAUACAACAUUUCAUACAGCAUUUCAUACACCAUUUUAUACAGCAUGUCAUACAACAUUUCAUACAACAUUUCAUACACCAUUUCAUACAACAUUUCAUACACCAUUUUAUACAGCAUCAUGUCAUACAACAUUUCAUACAACAUUUCAUACACCAUUUCAUACACCAUUUUAUACAGCAUGUCAUACAACAUUUCAUACAACAUUUCAUACACCAUUUCAUACACCAUUUCAUACAACAUGGUUAUCAAGGGCAUACGAUAA